UCCCUCCUUGUCCCCCUCCCACGGCUGUUACAUGCGAUAACACCAACCCUAGUCUAUCCCAGCUUCGUGUUCCUCCUCCCUUCCUCAACUUUCUUUCCCCUUCCCCCCUUUCAACAUUCACCUUAGCUGUUGAGUUAGCUGUGUAGAGACAUUCCCUUCUGGUAGGCCUCGAUUUCCCUUGGUGCGAACUUUAAAGAAAUUGGAAUUCGAGGAAGAGAUUAGAGAUGGGUAGGUUGGUCGUAUCCUGCGUCUUCUUGGCGCUCCUUGUUCCGUACGCUCUCGCUGUUCCAACCAAUACGGUAGGCGGCACCAAUACGGUUGGCGGCACCAAUACGGUUGGCGGAACCAAUACGGUUGGCGGAACCAAUACCGUCGGCGGAACCAAAACUGUUGGCGGCACCAACAGCGGCGGUGGCACCAAUACCGUUGGCGGCACAAACAGCGGCGGUGGCACCAAUACCGUUGGCGGCACAAACAGCGGCGGUGGCACCAAUACCGUUGGCGGCACAAACAGCGGCGGUGGCACCAAUACCGUUGGCGGCACAAACAGCGGCGGCAGCACAAACAGCGGCGGCAGCACAAAAAGCGGUGGCAGCACAAACAGCGGCGGCAGCUCAAACAGCGGCGGCAGCACAAACAGUGGCGGCAGCACAAACAGCGGCGGCAGCACAAACAGCGGCGGCAGCACCAACAGCGGCGGUAGCACCAACAGCGGCGGCAGCACCAACAGCGGCGGUAACUCCAAUACUGGUGGCAGCACCGUAACUGGCGGCAGCACGAGCACGAGCGGCGGCACGGGACUGAAAGUUAACUCCACUUUGAUUUAUCCCGGACAGGAGGGUUCUAACUAUGGCAACUGCCCGGCCUUCAAGUGUACCCCUGGCUCGCACUUUAACGGAACCUUCACUGACUCUGAUAGCGAGGAUAUUUCGUACGAGUGGCUGUUCUCCAAGCCGCUGAUGAAGGACGAUCCCGAGUCGCCCGAAUGGGACAGGCUGCUCGAGCAUCCGCAUUUCGACUGCUGGAAGAUCUGCAAGAUGGCUAAGGCCGACCACCCGCAGAUCAAGUACUGGCAAUACGAGGAGACCUGCGACGUUGGAGGUGUGUGCUCGUGCUUUGACGAGGGCGUCUGCACUCAGAACCACUACAACCCCGACAACACGAUGAACUUCUUUUUCGAUUCCACCAAUGACUACCAGCCUCCCUCCACCUUCUAUGUCGGCAAGGUCUGCGACGGCAACGUUACCGGCGAUCCCCACUUUGUCGGCGCCGACAAGUCGCGGUUCGACUUCAGCGGUUACCCCGGCGAGAACUUCGCUCUGAUCUCCGACGCGCACAUUGCUAUCAACGCGUACUUCGGCGGACGCGUCGAGAAGGAGUGGAUGGGGCAGAAGAACAAGGUGAUGACUUGGAUGCGCAACAUCGCGGUGCUCUGGGGCCAUCACUCGGUCGUGUUCGAGGCUCGGCCCGGAGCUGACGCGGAGUACGGUGCGGGCUAUCUCCAGGCCAUUUACGUCGACGGGGAGAAGACGAGCCUGUCGUUCCCCGGCGAGAAGAUGUAUCUCUUUGACGGGUCCGUCGAGCUCAAGUGGGUGGAUGCCAGGAAGAAGGUCGGCGAUGAUCUGGUCGACAUUUACGAGAUUUCUGUGGCCGAGAUCAUCACGCUGCGUCUCCUGUUGAGGCCUGAGAUCAAGCUCAUGAGGACCAAGGACGACGGGCUUGUGCACUUCACGAUCGAGGUGGUCAGCGCUCAGCUAUCCGCCAACGUCCAUGGCGUGCUUGGCCAAACCUACCGCCCCGAUUUCGCUGGCCGACUUGAGAAGCAGACCCUGGUCUACAGCAAACUGCUUAAGGCGUACGUGGUUCCGGGUGACAAUGCUGAGGGCUUCAUUGAUGGCUCGUGGGAGGAUUACAAGACGUCGGAGCUGAUGCGGUCCGACUGUAACUACUGUCGCUUCGUACGCGGUACAGCGAUCGACGACGAAACCGCGAACGCCGUCGCCAUGGCGACGUCCGUCAGCUCGUCGUACAGCAUGCUCGGCAGGAAGGGCAUGAUUGACGCUCUCUAAGAACAUUGGCGGAAGUUUACCGGUUCUUUGUAUUUUAUAAAUCUGUUUCAUUGUAACACUUAAACGCCAGGCUCAAAUGGACGGCCUCGCACUGUGUUGCUCCGUGGCAGUGCAUUUCUUGUUUGUCUAGAGUAAUAUAUUUCAUUCUAUUCCGGUUGACUUUAAGAACCAAUCAGUCUUAUUUGAG